AUGGAUACAAGUGAACAACAUUUUACCCUAUCAGCAAUCUGGUUCAAGACAACACCUAUCCAGUCUAACAAGAACUCCCUACAAGCAUUGGACAUGCUAUGGCACCAAAGUUUUAUUUUAAAACUGUAUCAACUCAAUUGUCCGUAUGAUCAUUUAUUUUGGAUUAUUAAUUAUUUUAAAGAUCUUACAAUUACUCUUGACUAUCAAGGACAUCUUUCAAAACAAGUUAAAGUACCUUGUAGAGCUCCACAAGGUUCGUGCUUUGGACCUAAAGCUUAUAUUGUAAACCAUUUCGAUUUACCAUCUAUAUGUUGA